CACCGGUCGCCAAACUAUGACAUUUUAAUCAAAAAUUAAAAGUGCAAAGAACUUAUUUUGAAAUUUUACGUUUUUUUAAUAAAUACCCAAGGCCCAAGGGGAAAAAUUCUAGCCACGAUUUUAAAAUAGCGCAUGCGAGCUUUCAGAUUACGCUCAGAUUUAAAAGUGCUAUCGCGCAAAACGUGCUCAUUUGUAUAUUAUGCAUGUCUUUUCUUUAUUACCUCCGUAAUCUGUACCAGUUGGAAAAGAUCUGUGUUUCAACAGGAUAGGCUUGAGAGGUGCAAGUGCAAGAAAUCGGAGGCAGCAAAAAGUCAAAUAAGAAAUUUAAUAGUGUAGAUAGCGAUUGGAAUCUCUCCCAAGGAAUAAGAUGGAACCCUUUAGCCCAGGUAACUCGUUACAGAAACAACUAGAAGAACUGCAACAGCAUAUGAAUCAAAUAGUGGAGGAGAAAAGAGUUGUAACAGCGGAAUUGUCAAAGUCAGAGAAUGCAAUUAACAAAUUAAUGGAGCAGAUAGUGACUCUGCAGAAAAGGUCCAAGGUGUCUGUCCAGGAUCCCAGUGACAAACAGGAAUUAUUAACUGACGGUCAGAAGGGAGAGGUGUGCAAUAAAACUCAAGAUGAGCACCAAAGAGAACUCGAAAGCGAUCUAUGUAGAUUACAACAAGAUAUACCUAAUAUGGAACAGUGUUUACAAACUUUAAGACAUUACUUAGAUUUGAGCGAAAGGCAACGAUUGCGUUUGAUUGCAGUGAAGGAGAAAUUUCUAAUGGAUGGUGAAACCGAAAAUGAAGAACAAUCACUUUUGCCCGCCCUUCGUCGUCCUAAUAUGGAAAUUUUAACUUACAAACUUGGAGUGAAAGGGUUUCCUUGUUUUAAUGACGAAGAAGGCGGUUCGUCCAGUCGGUCGUCUUUGGGUGGGAGUCUAUCAACGGUAGCGGAUCGUUGGAAGUGUUCUGUUGAGAAUUUCACAAAUGGACCUUCAAAGGUAAAUGAAGAUUUGUCCCUGACGGAUUGUCAGAAAAUCAUCCAUCACCAGAAAAUCACAAUAGACGAUCUUACUACACAAAUUUACAAACAGAAAUUUACUAUAUCACAAUUAACUAAAGAUCUGAAUCAUCUUCGUUUUCUCCACCAGCAGAUAUUACAAAUGGAACAGAAUCAGCGUUCACAAGAAAUGAAAAUGUUAGGCUUAGAACGGCAGAACGAUGUGUAUUAUAUUUCCAUUGUAAAGCUAAUGGAGAAAAAUGACGAACUACAAAAGAAAUUGUCCAAUGAGCAAGAAAAUGACCUUAAUGUUCCCAAUACUAGAAGUGUCCUCACAAUAUGCAACUCCACGGCGACAGAUGCGCGCGAUCUCAUCUCGGAGAAAUUUUCUCAGACAGUACAAAAUGAUGAUAUUAACGAAGCUAUUAAAGACUUGGAUCAGGAAAGCAUUUUGAAAAAUUUAACGAGAAAGGAUGUGCAACUUAAAGUUAUGAUAAAUAUGAUUGCUCGUCAAAAUGAUCGAAUCGAUGUACUAGAACAAGAGAGGAAGGACGAUGAUGCUAAAAUUGAUACUUUGAAGACUGACAUUAACCACCUUACAAAAGAGAAGGGAGAGCUGAAGUCACACAUUGAUAAUUUAACACGUAGCAUUGAGACUUUGAAUGGUAUAAAUGAAAAACUUACCAGUGAAUUGCUCCAGAUGCAAGAAACAGUGGCAGUCAAUGAAGAGCUUCAACAAUUGCAAAGAGAAAACGCUGCUUUAGUGAAGGAACGUGAUGAGGCGGUUAUAAGUAACAAUGAUCUUGUUAUGAAGUACAACAAUUUAAGAAAUCACAUUGGAGCAUUUCAACCGCUUGUACAUUCGAGAAAGGUUCGAAGAUUGAAAAGUGUGUUGGUUAAAUUGAAACUAAAUCUUAGAAAGAACAAAGCACUAACCAACGAACGUACAGAACAGCUUUCUGAAUUGCAGGCGAAAUGCGAAGUGCUUAUAUGUAAAUAUGAUGAUGUUACCUUGCAAAGCAGUGAGUUUCUAUCACAACGCGACGAACUGCAGAAAGACAAAGAUAAGCUGCUCAGUGCGCUAGAAUCCACACUAAUUGAGAAAGAAGAAUUAGAAAUUCGGUUAAACAAAAGAAAUCGGACAAUAUGCCAAUGUUGUCUGAAGUUAAACCGAGAAAUAAUGACGUUAAAAGGUAAUAUUCAGCACCUGCAUUUGCAGAAUGAAAUUAAUCUAUCUGAACAAGAAACUACUUUUUUGAAAAAAAUUGAACAAGAAACUAUUUUUUUGAAAAAAGAUUGCGUUGCAAUACAAACAAAAUUGAACGAAGCAAAUGGAAAUUUAAGAGUGACAACUGAACAACUAGAAUCUGAAAAGAUAGCAAAGGAUAAACUAUUAAAAAACAACGUUGAGCUACAAAACAAACUUCACUACCUAGAUUACAAAUAUAAGGGAACAAUUGAUAAAUUAGGAAAAGAUAAGUCCGCACUACAAAACGAUUUGAACGCGCUAGACCAAAAAUACGCCAAAUUGUCAGAAGACAAUUUAAAUUUGCAAAGUAAAAUUCUCGAAAUCGAAAUCAGAUAUUCAACUCAAGAGGAGACCUUGCAAACGACAAUGGCAGAAUUGAAAGAACAAUCCGACAUGGUACAACAACUUACCACCGAUUUAGAAGAGCAAAGCAUGCAAUUGGAACUAUUCCAAGAUAACAAUAUCUUGUGUAAGCAGAAAAUAGAAUCGUUUUGCGGAGAGAGAGAAAUAGUCGAGCAACAGUUGCAGAAGACUAUUAAACAUCUCAAAAGGUCGGAAUUAAAGUAUUUGUCUAUUCGGAAAUUGCUCGUCGACAUCGAGGCGUACGUGGCGGGCGAUUCGAGCGAAGAUAAUUCCGAAAUUUUUAACUUGAAAAUAUCGCUGAAGAACUGUCAGGAUGAGCUAUUUGAAGUGGAAGAUAAAUUAACCGAUUCGCUGAGCGCAGCGAAAUUUUUUGAUGAGCAAGUGACGCAUAUGAGUGAAAAUCACCAAAAAUUGAAUCGGUGUAUAAUAGUAUUAGUCACCACCUGGCGUGGUGUAUUAGAGAAGGUGAUGAACGUGCAAGUGCUUUUGGAUCAACUAGCGGCCGUUAACUUGAAAUCGUUCACCUCUUUGGAUAAGACCAUCUUUCAGUUACACGAGCAGACUUGUUUAACUAUCGAACUAUUGGGAACCUUGAAUACUUUCAAGCUGAAUGCAAAUGAUUCUGGGGAACUUCCGAUUUUACCGCAUCACAAGUGUCCUCAACUGUGAUAAAUCAUACCUGUGGACUACUGAAAAUUAUUUAGGUUAAAAAAUUUGUAUUAGAGAAUACAUUACACGUCUUAUUUUUUUGCAAUA